AUGGCGACGGCGUUGAAGAAGAACAGGAAGAAGAGAGGACACGUCAGCGCCGGUCAUGGACGUAUCGGAAAGCAUCGCAAGCAUCCUGGAGGUCGUGGUAACGCCGGAGGUAUGCAUCACCACCGUAUCCUCUUCGACAAGUACCAUCCAGGUUACUUCGGUAAAGUCGGUAUGAGGUAUUUCCAUAAGCUCCGUAACAAGUUCUUCUGCCCAAUCGUUAACCUCGACAAGCUCUGGUCACUCGUACCUGAGGAUGUGAAGGCGAAAUCAAGCAAGGACAAUGUUCCUUUGAUCGAUGUUACGCAGCAUGGGUUUUUCAAGGUUUUGGGUAAAGGUCAUUUGCCUGAGAACAAGCCUUUCGUUGUGAAAGCUAAGCUUAUCUCUAAGACCGCCGAGAAGAAGAUCAAGGAGGCUGGUGGUGCUGUUGUGCUCACUGCCUAG